AUGUUUCUGGUGAGUUUGGAUCCCGGCGGAGCCUGCUGGAGGCUUCUCGCUCCUCGAGUGAACACCUGGCGCCACGUCACGGAGUUUCCACGCAGUGGAGCAGAGAGUAAAAUUUUUGAAGCUAGGUUUGGAGCGCGCUUGCUGCAUUUUCCCGCGAAACUCAGAAUUCCUCACUGAUUUGGUCAAUUUUGCCCCUUUUUAGAUAAAGUACACGUGUUUUUAAAGUGGUUUCGUCUCUGCAUUAACGUGCUUGUUCCGAAGUUAUAGCACCCCAAAUUUAUUGGAAAAUUUAAAUUGCAAGAUUUCGGCUUUUUACGGAUUUAUUUCUACGAAAAUUUUCCUGUUCAUUGACUAAAAGCAACAUCCCGAUGUUUUGAUAUGUCUUUUAUAAAGUAAAAUGCUAUGAAACACUUUUUAAACUUGUUUUUCUAAAGAAGUUAAUUUCGUCAUAAUUAUUUUAAAUGCACUUUUUUUCGUUCGAAACUGUUUGUGUGUCAUUUUCCAAAAAAACCUUCAACCUUCACCAUUGCUGUUAGCAGCAAUAAUAAAAUUUUCAAGACAUUCGAAAUUUAUUUUCACAAAAAGAUGGAUUUUUGUGUCUUACCGGUGAAGGCCUUUAAGUUCCGGUGAAGGCCUUUAAGCUUUCAAGAGAAACUCUACCCGCCUAAAGAUUGAGGUUAAAGAGAAAUUGGGACAUUCCAGACAUAAUUUUUAAUUUUUUAUUAACUAACCCCAACAGUUCCUUUUCUUUUUCGAUUGUUGGGUUUCGAAUGUUAAAAAGUGUGCGGUGUUCCCUAAGCAAGUUCAUAUAUUAUUUCAAAAAAAUGUGAUUUUUGAGCACUCAAAAACCUAAAUUUGCAGAAAAGAGCAUUGAUAAUGUUGGACUUGCUUUUUUUUGAAUCUAGACUGUGAAAAGACUAUACCUCAGACUCAUGAACUGGACUAAUCAAAAAUUUGAAUGAAAGCCAGUUUUUUUCUAUAAUUUUUUUCUGAGGAUUUGAACAAAAAAAUUUAACAUUUAAACCUUAAUUUGUAAAAAAAUUGUUGAAAAAAAUUAAUGAGACUUGUAUUUCUGAGAAUUAGAGUUCACGAGGGGCUCAGCUAAUUCACUAAUGAUUCGAGGCUGUUCCAGAGAAGUUUCCAGGAUUUCCUGUGAUCCCUUGGAAAUUAAAAAAAUCACCAGAAUUAGUUCCUGUUCAUACUGAAAUGUAUUCUUUUCUCUCAUCUCGAUAUUUUCAGGUCAGAUUGCUCACAGCUAAGCCGGCGAAAAAACCUGCCGCGCCUCUUCCUACUGUUACUGAGAGCAAGCCGGAAGAACAUGGUGAACUUUUUUUUUCCAAAAAAAAACGGCAACUGCAACAAAGUGAAAAAUAAUUUUCCGCGAUUUUCCUGAAAUAUGAGAACGCCUUCGAGAAUCAUUUUUUACACUAAGACGUAUUUCUGAAGUUUACAAAGAAGGGCUUUCAAAAUUUGAUCUGUCCAAAAAAAAAAAACGAUAACGCGCUUUUCGAAAUAGAGAUAGUUCAAAAACAAGUUUUGAAUAUGUCAUUCGAGUUGAAAUUUUAUUUGAAUUGAAACGGAAAUAUAUUCGUAAAUAUAAAAAUAUGUCAACGCUAAAUUACGCUGGUACGAAUCCAAACUAUGUAUACACGGGAUGAAAAUAAAAGGUUUUUUGUUUAUUUCCACCAAUUUUCUCCUGAUAUGAUGGAAUAUUGCGUACGGGAAUCGCGAACCAAAAUCCCAAGCCAACGGCGAAAAGGGGCGGGGCUUUGCGGUCUCCGAACAUAAUUGAAUGUUUUUAGUCAGCGUUCACGAGGUUCUCGUGCCCAUCAGGAAAGAAGAGAAGCAGGAACAAGUCAAAGUGAUAUCGACGAUUGAACGUGCACGAAAGCUGCCAUUUUGCCACGGGUUAGAUAACUGAUCCCCGGAAAACGUGAAGAAAUGAUCAAAUUCAGCUUCAUGCCGUCUCUUGAAGCAGUCAACCUACUUGUUCGCUCAGGAGACUUUUUGGUUCGCCUCCGCGAAGGUAAUUCGGUGGAAACCUUUGGGAUCAAGUUUUGAAAAAUAAAACUUUUCAGUCAAAGGCCAAGUUCGCGUUGUAGUAAGCGUGGCACUUACUUCGGCGCAAUCCACCAAGCUGAGACAGAUCAACGAGAAGGAAGACACGCGGAAAGGAUGCCAGGUGGCGAAGAAAGUCCCGUACGAAAAAGAGGAUGACGGCGAUGUCGCAACUGAUCUAGGGGAGACGGGGGAUGGUGAGGAAACCUGGAAUUAAUUCAAAGAUUUUCGGGAAAAAAACUGUUUCCUUUUUAUGUAAAUUUCCGCCGUGUUCAAUUUGAUUCCGCGAAAUGCAAAAAUACCCGUUAGAGAAAGGAAAAAAGAUCACUAAAUUUUUGGAGAGUCAGAGAUCAUUUUGCAUUUCGCGAAAUCAAAUUGAACACGGCAUUACGGUUUUAGAGACCAAAAGGCAAUUACUUUGUCGAGUUGCGGAUGCGGUUUUAAUUCGUUGGAAAGCAAGGUGGCAUUCAGAAGAGAUCAGUGUCAAAUUGCGUACAAGUUGAUUGAAACAAAAAUUCCAUAAGCGGCUUACAUUUGAAAAAUAAUCUUGGACAGUCGCUUAUGGACUGGACACAAUUGUUUUCGAAGAGUUACGAGAAAGUCAAGGAAAAAAACCAUUCCAAAUGCGGCCAAAAAGUCGUAUUGACUCGAAAAAUACUUGCCGCAGUUAAAAUGACUGUUGAGAGAAUUCCGAAACAACUAGAAUUUCAAGAUCAACGAUAUAAAUAAUAAAUUGUAGCCGCUAUGAACCCUAACUUUACGCCUUCCUGUUCACAUUCAAAUUGUCUCGAGGCCUCAAACGUUAAAAAAAGUCUCAAAAAUAAAAAAAUACGGCUUCAACGUCAAUCGGAUAGUUUUCAGACAGGAGGAAAGGCUCGGACUCGUUUUCCGAGAUCCCGACCUGCUCCCUUCCGCGAGACGAUUGCCGUGAACUACCGGCAUAUGAAGUUGAGAGAGAACAAGAACGGAUGUUCUUUUGGAUGGGGAAUACUAUUUCUCAAAUCUAAACUCUCUGCUCGCGUUUUAUAUGUUUGUGAAAGUUGGAGGUUAGCCAUUUUGAAACUUGUCAUUUUUUUCGUUUGCAAUAAUGCUUUGAAGUACUCUCGCAAACUUGUUAACACCAAGCGCCUAAAUGGGGCCAUACAACACGAAGUUAAAGAGAACUGAGAACAGCCCCCGGGAUCUUUUGAGCAUCGCGACUGAAAUUUCGAUUUUUUCGAGAUUUCAUCGUUUCAUUUUCAUCACUGAAAUCGAUGAAACCAGCCGCAGAGCGCAAUUUUUCAUAUUGACGGAAAAAAAACAGCCGUCCAAAUAACAACUCUUAAAAGCUUUAGGGCGUAAAUAUUCGAAUUUUUGCGGCACUCCUUUCCAAAAACUCGAUCUUUUUCAGGGUCCACAAGAUUUUAAUCUUCGGAACCCAAUAAGUCGCCAGUACGGAUCCUUCCGCUCCUCACAGAUCAAGAUUGUUAAGACGGUGAGGAAUUUUGGAAUGAACCAAAAAAAAUUUCCGGUUUAAAAAUAACCAAAUGUUUUCGAUUUGCUCCUUCUUUUUCAAAAACAACUUUCGAGCUAAAAUAUGUUUUUUGUCGAAUUGGAGUCAUCGUUCUUAAUAUUUGCAGCUCGGGAACGGCGCGUUCGGAGAAGUUUCGCUUGCGGAGAUCAACCACCCGGCUUUCGCGCAGAACAAGGCGGCCGUGAAAACGGUAGGCCUUGAGAAAUCGAGUUUAUUCAGGAAAAGAUCGAAAAAGACGUCUAGAGCUGAAUUUCGAAAUUUGUUGUGUUGAUCAAGAGUUGCAACAAGUCUGAAUUCUGGGAUUUCUUAAGAUCUCAAGACAUUUUGAUGGAUUGGAAUAAAAAUAGGGAUGAACUUGCGUAGAGCAUCUUUUUUUGUCCGUUGUACGGUAUUGAAGUUUUGACUUUCGUUGAAAAAUUAAUUAAAUUGGAAGAAGAACUUUUCCGGACUUUUUGUAAUGCACUUCUAGCGGUCACUUUAGCGGCGUCAGCGCUUAAGUGAUUACUAGAAAAUGCUCAGAUGCGUUUUUCAAGUGACCGAGGUCCGAGUUCUGUCAAAUAUGUAGUGUGCGAUAAAAAGUGCUCUGUGGACAAAAUAAAGACGCAAUUUCUGGGGUUUUUAAGAUGAAGAAAGGCGUACCGGAGCACCUCGGACUUGAAGAAAAAGUUCCUUGUUGAAGGAACAAUCUCCAUCCCGCUGGACCACCCUAAUGUUGUCCGCACAUUAGGGUGGUGUUACGAUUCUAAACCUCUGCAGCUACUGAUGGAACUGUGUCCGGGUGAGGCUUCCAAAAAAAGCAUUCCUUUCAAUCUCUAUGAAAAGUCCCUGUGAAAUUAGUUAACUUCGAAAAAUAAUUUGAAAAAAAUUCCGGAAAAAUAUUUUUUUAAACGAGAAUUUUGCGAUCGCUGAUGUCAAUUAGACUUUUUGACACAUAUCCGCCUAAUCUUCGAAAAUAUGAAUUGCGGUUUCUUUCCGCCUAAAGCUUCGGCGGAAGUCUAUUCCUUUUGAGCUUACCGUCAAUUUUUGAAUUGAUAUCGUUUUUUGAAGGUGGAGCUCUAAGCACUUUUCUCAUGGCCAAGUCUGAGAAAGCCUCGAACCUGACCUUGACGAGGUUCUGCCUCGAUGCCGCGAGGGGACUCGAGUAUUUGCACGACGUUGGGGUCCUACACAGAGAUGUAGCCGCACGAAACUGUCUUAUAGAUGAACACGGAACGGUAUUUUCAUGGAACCUGCAGAGAAUUCACCAAAUUUUUCAGGCAAAGGUGGCGGAUUUCGGGCUUUCGGUUAAGGCCUACUACUAUGAGAUGACUACCGCGGAAAACUUGCCUACCCGCUAUUUGCCACCUGAAAGCCUGACGAGCUACUCUUUUAACGCUGAAUCGGACGUCUACGCCUACGGGGUUUUCUUUUUUCUCAUAUCUGACUAAAUUGGAAACUUUACAGCAUCUCGUCUGCGAAGUGUUCAACAAAUGUCAAAUGCCGUACGCCGGCAUGUCAGGACCGGAGGCCCGAAAACAGGUUACUUUUUUCUUUUUACAAAAAUAGUACGUUUUUUGCAGAUACUCGCGGGGAAAGUGGUCAACGUUCACGAAAGAGCACCCGAAGCUCUUCGCUUUUUUUCGUGGAAAAACAGGAUCUUCGCCUAUCACGCAAUUUACAGGCCGACCAUGCCCCAGGUAUAAACUUUUUUUCAGAGCGCAUUAUUCGACGCAAAAUAGCCUCAAAUUUCAUCUUUGAUUUUCGAAAAAGGUCAUGCGUUUUAUAACUCACAACUUGAUAACUAUCGCCGCUAUUUUUUCUCGAUACUUGAACAAAUCCAAAAAGUUUGAAAAAAGAAGCUUUAGAUAGUCGAGUUCAUGACGGAGGUCAUCAGCAUUUUGAAGGAGGUUUGGCUUUUAAAUUUUUCAUAAAAAUGAUUUCUUUUACAGGCGAAUCCGGGAGACAAUGCAGCAUUUGAGAUUGGAGCUGAAAACAAGGAAGCGAUGCAGCCGAGCACUGGAACUGAAGUGAAUCUUUGUCUUGUCUAUUGA